UAAGGGAGGCCGGGAGGAGUCGGGAGCGGCGCUGAGGGCGUUUCGCGCCCGUUCUCCCUCUGUGCCGAAAGAAGAUACUGGGAGGAGUGUGAAAGACUGCUGGGACAGCCCUGAUGCCCCUGCACUUUCCACUUGCAGCAAUGCAGAUAUAUUCCGCCAAAUAAAUGCCAUGUUGGACCACUCUUUGGAUUUCAGUGGAGUCUGCACCACGCCUGUCACAGAAAGCAAACGUGGCAAUCUGCCAGACUUCCAGGACUCUGAAGAAGCAGGGGCAAGCAGGAUGCUUUUUCCCACAUCCAUGCAAGAGUCUUCCCGUUGCCUCCCAGACACCAACGACCUGUGCCUUGGCCUGCAGUCCCUCAGCCUGACAGGGUGGGACAGACCCUGGAGAACCCAAGACUCUGAUGCUGCAGCACAAACCAGCGCACAGUCCGUUCUCAGCAUGCUGAGUAACCCUUUUGGGAAUGUCCUGGGGAAGCCCCCACUGGGUUUCCGGCCUCUAGACCCUGUUGGUUCAGACCUGUCAGAAAAGUUCUCCACGCCGACACUGAGGAACUUGCGCCUGGAUUCCCGCUCCCUCCUGGACUCACGCUCCAGCAGCCCCUCGGAUUCAGACACCAGUGGGUUCAGCUCUGGCUCUGACCACCUCUCUGACUUGAUUUCAAGCCUUCGGAUUUCCCCACCUCUGCCCUUCCUGCCCCUUGGUGGGGUGUCAAGAGAUCACCUGAAGAUGGGAGCAGGGUCCCAGUUGGAUCAAGAUCAAGCUGCCCUGGCUGCAGUAACUUCCUCCCCAGCUGGUGCAUCAAAAAGAUGGCCUGGAGCAUCUGCGUGGCCUUCCUGGGAUCUCCUGGACUCUCCAGAAGACCCCUUCCGUAUUGAAAGAGAAGCCAGGCUUCAUAGGCAAGCAGCAGCUAUGAAUGAAGCAACCUGCACCUGGAGUGGGCAGCUGCCUGUCCGAAAAUACAAGAACCCUGUCUACUCACGCAAAGUGUUCCUGGGAGGAGUCCCAUGGGACAUUACGGAAGCUGGACUGAUCAACACCUUCCGUGUGUUUGGCUCACUGAGUGUGGAGUGGCCUGGUAAGGAUGGCAAACACCCACGCUGCCCUCCCAAAGGAUAUGUCUACCUAGUAUUUGAGUCAGAAAAAUCUGUGCGUGCUCUGCUCCAGGGAUGCUUCCAGGACCUGUUGAGCCCCGAUGGGCUCAGUGAAUACUACUUUAAGAUGUCCAGCCGCAGGAUGCACUGCAAAGAGGUGCAGGUGAUCCCAUGGGCGCUAGCAGACUGCAACUUCGCGCGCAAUCCAUUGCAGCAGCUGGACCCCGGCAAGACGGUGUUUGUGGGGGCUCUGCACGGGAUGCUGAACGCAGAGGCCCUCGCAGCCAUCAUGUGCGACCUGUUUGGAGGGGUGAUCUACGCUGGCAUUGACACGGACAAGCACAAGUAUCCCAUUGGGUCUGGCCGUGUCACCUUUAAUAACCAGCGCAGCUACCUGAAGGCAGUGACGGCUGCUUUUGUGGAAAUCAAAACCACCAAGUUUACUAAAAAGGUUCAGAUUGACCCCUACCUGGAAGACUCCAUGUGCCAAGUCUGCAGUGCCCAACCCGGCCCUUUCUUCUGCCGAGACCAGGUCUGCUUCAAGUACUUCUGUCGCUCCUGCUGGCACUGGCAGCACUCCGUGGAGGACCUGCGGCACCACCGCCCGCUGAUGCGCAACCAGAAGAACCGAGACUCCAGCUAAAGGAGCCACCGAGGCUCAGGGCCUGGCGUGGGCACGGGAGAGGAGCCCUUUGGGGUCACCUGCCGAGCAGAGGGCACGCGAGCGUGCCUGCUGGCGCUGGACCCGGGCUGGGAACAUGCUUCCUGAGGACUAAUGGGGAAACCAACCUUACAUUCACGUUUGCACUUGCUGGUCUUUAUUUUUUGUUUGUUUUGUUUCUGCACUAAUGCACAGUGAAUUUUGUCGGGUUUUGUUGGGGGGGACUUUUUGGAAGGGGGGGAGGGGGAAGCACCCCUCAAGCGAUUCCGCAGUUCCCAGACUUUGGUUCCUAGUUUGCUGAUGAGAACCAAAAAAAAAAAUAAAAACCAAACUAAAACCAAACCAACACCAAACCAAGGGCCAUGUGUUGCGAAGGUGUUGAUGCAGAUGCCUUCCCCUCGGUUGAUUUUUAUCUCUUCCAAGGCGCUUUUCUGACAUCCCUCGCAAUACUGCUGGCGAUAACGCAGGUCUCGUGGGCCCCCUUUGUUUGCUGUUGCCACACAGUGCCUUUCCAUUCAUUUAACUCGCAUCUGAACGGCAUAAAAACAAAAAUCACAAAAACCUUGAAUGUUCAGCUGGCGUUUUUUACUGUAACAACAAGGAGACUUUGCUCUUCAUUUAAACCAAAUCAUAUUUCAUAUUUUACGCUCAAGGGUUUUUACCAGUUCCUUUUUACACUCUUAAAACAGUUUUUAAGUC